UCCGUCGUACGUUAUUGUUUACCGCUGCUUUCCCCGCAGGUGAUGGGCGGCUCCAGCGUGCUUAACUACAUGAUCUACAACCGCGGCCACUACCGCGACUACGACCAGUGGGAGCUGCUGGGCAACCCCGGCUGGGGCUACCGCGACGUGCUCAAGUACUUCCUCAAGCUGGAGGACAUGACCAUCCCCGAGCUGGCGCGCGACCGGACGUACCACAACGUGGGCGGGCCCGUGUCCGUGACGUACAUCCCCUGGCACACGCCGCUGGCCAGCGCCUUCCUGGAGGCGGCGCAGCUCAAGGGGGGAUGGCUCAACGACUACAACGGCGCCACGCAGACCGGCUACUCCUACCUGCAGGUGACGAUGAAGAACGGCACGCGCUGGAGCUCCAACCGCGCCUACCUCGGGCCCAUCCGAGACCGGCGCACGCUGCACGUGUCCAAGCAGAGCGUGGUGACGCGCAUCCUCGUGGACCCUGUGACGCGCGAGGCCACGGGGGUGGAGUUCGUGCGCGACCGGCGGCGCCGGGUGGUGCGCGCGCGCCGCGAGGUGAUCGUGUCGGCGGGCGCCAUCAACUCGCCGCAGCUGCUCAUGCUGUCGGGCAUCGGGCCGCGCGAGCACCUGCAGGAGAAGGGCAUCCCGCUGAUCCAGGACCUGGCCGUCGGCUACAACCUCAUGGACCACGUGUCGGCUGGCGCCGUCCUCUUCCUCGUCAACCAGUCCGUGUCGCUGCGCGCCGAGCGCAUCCUCGACUCGCACGACGACUACGUGGACUACAUCGCCUACCACACGGGGCCCAUGUCCAUCCCCGGCGGCUGCGAGUCGGUGGGAUUCGUCGACCUCAAGGACCCGCAGAACCGCGACGGCUGGCCUGACCUGGAGCUGCUCUUUAACUCGGGCUCAAUCAUCUCGGAGCCCACGCUGCGGAACAACUUCGGCAUCGACGAGGCGCUCUACCAGAAGAUGUUCGCGCCAGUGGAGGGACGCGACUCGUGGAUGCCGCUGCCCAUGCUCAUGAGGCCCAAGAGCAAGGGCCGGGUGAUGCUGCGCGACCGGAACCCGCUGCGGAAGCCGCUCAUCUACCACAACUACUUCCAGUACCCGGAGGACCUGGACGUGCUGGUGGACGGCGUGCUCCGCACCAUCGAGCUCAGCGACACGCCGCCCUUCCAGAAGUUCGGCUCCACCCUGCACAAGACGCCCGUGCCGGCGUGCGCCAGCAAGGGCUUCGGCACACGCGAGUACUGGCGCUGCCACAUCCGCCACUUCCCCUUCACCAUCUACCACCAGUCGGGCACCUGCAAGAUGGGCCCGCGGUCCGACCCCAACGCCGUGGUGGACUCGCGGCUGCGCGUGCACGGCGUGGGGCGGCUCCGCGUCGUGGACGCCUCCAUCAUGCCCGAGAUCCCCGCCGCGCACACCAACGCGCCCACCUACAUGAUCGCCGAGAAGGCCGCCGACAUGAUCAAGGAGGACAACGGCGCCCCCAUGUAGGCCCAGGGCGCCUCGUGAAUACGGCUGUGAACCCCACCGGGCCGGGCCCGCCCGCCCCGCGCUCCCCGCACCGGCCGCACCAGCUCUGAGCGCUGCGAUCCAGAACUGGUGUCAUUUGCUAAGUGCUUGGACUUGGUGCGGGUGCCAAGUGCUCCUUGCCCCCAAUACUUUUGAAUUUACGGCGACAUUGCACCUGUCUCCGCCCAGCCUGGCAGUGCGCCUCGCGUCCCCAACGCUAGUCAAGGGGUCUCCGCGAGGCUUGGUGGCCCGGCUCAUUGACUGCAAGUAGAUUAGACAUAGAUAAGUCAUCGCUCUCAUCAUCUCCCAUGUCCUUUCUUGGCAAAUUACUUACUUAUUAUCGUGAUUAACCGCUCGCCCUUUGUAAAUAUUUCACUGCUGUGUGGUUUGGAAUUUCUGAAAAAUUUCAGGAUCCUCUCAAGCACAACGACUUGAGAGAACAGUCAAAUAAAACAUCCGUUUGACGAA